UGCUAGCAUGCAUGUGAUAGUGGAGGGACAGCUUACAGAAAGUUGAGACGGUCCUAAUAUAGGAUAUUUUGAAUAAUCUUGAAUCAUGUGACCUUGAGGAUGAUGACCUUAUGCUUGAUGUGGAUCUGCCUGAGGAUGUACCUCUUGAAAAUGUGGAGUGUGACAAUAUGAACCGCUUUGAUAGACCAGACAGAAAUGUUCGGCAGCCUCAGGAAGGAUUUUGGAAAAGGCCACCCCAGAGGUGGAGUGGACAAGAGCAUUACCACCUCAGUCAUCCUGACCACUAUCAUCACCAUGGGAAAAGUGACUUGAGCAGAGCCUCUCCCUAUAGAGAAUCUCCUUUGGGUCAUUUUGAAAGCUAUGGAGGGACUCCCUUUUUCCAGGCUCAGAAGAUAUUUGUAGAUAUACCAGAAAAUACAGUGAUACUGGAUGAGAUGACCCUCCGUCACAUGGUUCAAGAUUGCACUGCUGUAAAAACUCAGUUACUCAAACUGAAACGUCUCCUGCAUCAGCAUGAUGGAAGUGGUUCAUUGCAUGACAUUCAACUAUCAUUGCCCUCCAGCCCAGAACCAGAAGAAGUUGAUCAAAUAUAUAAGAAUGAAGAUUUAUUAAAUGAAAUAAAACAACUUAAAGAGGAAAUAAAGAAAAAAGAUGAAAAGAUCCAACUAUUAGAACAUCAACUUGCAACUCAGUAUAACUGCCACCAAAAAUCUAAAGUGGAAAAAUGCACAUAUGCUGAUAAAUAUACCCAAACACCCUGGAGACGAAUUUCUGGUGGGUAUUCUGCUCCCUCCUUCUCUCCUUGGCAGGGCUCCUUCCAGGGAAUCCCACGGACUGUUCCACCGCACCGCAGACAGAGUGAGUCUGUGUCUCUCACUCCUAUCCUGGUCUGGCUUCCCCUUCAUG